GCUUGGUACACGUCUUGUUCUGUGACUCAUCGACGCCGUGCCGAAGCAAGCUGUUUCAGAAAAUAGCAUUUCGUAAAAACGUUAUUGAAGUAGGGAUGCGCAGCUACAUUCAAUGAUUUAUGCAAAUAUUGUGCAAGCAUUUAUGCUUUAAGAGGUUCUGGAUUGCGACUGCUUAUUUUCCUGACCCCUGGGAGACCAAAAACUUGAAAUUUUACGAGCUGACCUUUGUUGCUGGAACGCGCCAGUCGUAAUCUCAACUGUUUCGCCAAUCGAGAAGCAAGACCACAAGCAGACGUGCAGACGUACGAGUGUGUGUGAAGCAAGGCUGUGUGGGAAUCUGUGGAACAGCAGAUUUAAUUCCUUCGUACAUUCACUGAGAAGCAGAAGAAACGAUGUCUGGAGAGAGAAAUCAUCUUCAGAGUGCUCAGAACCGCCUCCUGAUCAAAGGGGGCCAUGUUGUCAACGAUGAUCAGUCCUUUGACGCUGAUAUUUAUAUCGAGGAUGGUUUUAUCAAGCAGGUUGGCAACAACCUUAUAAUUCCAGGAGGAACACGAACCAUUGAUGCUGCUGGAAAACUUGUCAUUCCAGGGGGUAUUGAUACACAUACCCACAUGCAGCUGCCAUUUAUGGGAACUACAGCUGUGGAUGAUUUUUACACUGGAACCAAAGCAGCUUUGGCUGGUGGCACAACUAUGAUAAUUGAUUUUGUAAUGGACCAAAAGGGAGCAUCACUGAUCGAUGCAUACAACAAAUGGCGAGGAUGGGCAGAUGGCAAGGUGUGCUGUGACUAUGCAUUGCAUGCUUGUGUCACUUGGUGGAGUGAGCAGGUGAAGAAAGAAAUGACAGUUCUUGCUCAAGAGAAAGGAGUGAACUCUUUCAAGAUGUUUAUGGCCUACAAGGAUGUCCUUAUGUUGGAGGAUGAUGAGCUGUAUGAAACAUUUUCCCAUUGUCGAGAUCUUGGUGCACUAGCUAUGGUUCAUGCUGAAAAUGGUCACCUUAUUGCUUUGAAGUCAUCUGAAUUAAUUGCACAAGGAAUUACUGGGCCAGAAGGACAUGCUUUGUGCAGGCCAGAAGAGGUUGAAACUGAAGCAGUACAACGGGCCAUUACCAUAGCAGAUGCUGCUGGUUGUCCACUGUAUGUUGUCCACGUCAUGAGCAAAUCUUCUGCAGAUGUCAUCGGGAAAUCUAGAACCAUGGGAAAGAUUGUAUUUGGAGAGGCCAUAGCUGCUGGUCUGGGAGCAAAUGGAAGUCAGCAGUGGAACACAUGUUGGCGCCAUGCUGCUGGCCAUGUGAUGUCUCCACCUCUGAGACCAGACCCUACAACACCAGAAUACUUGAUGGAUCUUUUGGCCAACAAUGAUCUGCAAGUGACAGGAACAGAUAACUGCACUUUUAAUGCUGACCAGAAGGCAAUUGGGAAAGAUGAUUUUCGUAAAAUUCCCAAUGGCGUUAACGGCGUGGAAGAUCGAAUGUCUGUCAUCUGGGAGAAAGGCGUGAAAUCUGGUAAAAUGGAUCCAUGCAGGUUUGUGGCUGUCACAAGUACCACUGCUGCCAAAGUUUUUAACAUCUAUCCCAGAAAGGGUCGCAUUGCAGAAGGGUCUGAUGCAGAUAUUGUAGUGUGGGAUCCAAACCAGACAAGGACAAUUUCAGCCAAAACCCACCAUCAGGCUGUGGAUUUCAAUAUCUUUGAGGGCAUGGAGUGUCAUGGUGUGCCUGUAUAUGUCAUCAGUAAUGGCCGGGUGGUGGUAGAUGAUGGACAAUUAAAAGUUGCACAGGGUGAAGGUCGUUUCAUUCCUACGCCCUGUAAUGCUGAAAUUGUAUAUGGUCGUGUCAAAAAUAGGAAUGAGGUUCGAGCACCAAAGGCAGUUCAGCGUGAACCAUACACUGGGGCUGUGAUUGACUUGUCAAAGCCUGUGGAGGUGCCGAAGCAAGAUAAUCCCAUCCUCCCUGCUACUGAAGAGACUCCAGUUGCUGCUCGACCACCAACACGAAGUGGAACCAGGAAUCUGCAUGAAUCUUCAUUCUCCCUCAGUGGUGCACAGAUUGACGAUGACAAAGGUGUGAGAUGUGGAACUCGUGUCGUGAAUCCUCCUGGGGGAAAGUCCACAGCCCUGUGGUAAAAGAUGCCCAUCAUUCUCUCCCAUCUGGAGAUAAACAUCUGUUUGCUUUUAGCAUUUUGUUGUUGUGUACCACUUAAUACCCAAUCAUCAGCACGUCUUUAACAUUUUGUUAUUAAGCAUUGGCUGCUUUUUCAGUUUUGAAAUUGCCUUCAUUGCAUAGAGAUCUGUCUUGCUGGGUUUUUUUAAUUGUUUUUAUUUUUUUGCUUUUUUGAAUUCCUGAAUUAUGGACAUGGAAUCCAGUCUGUUUCUUCUGAGACCAAGAAGUGAUAUUUUUUCAACCACAUACUUGCUCAACAUGGUUUUGCACCCAUAUAGAAACAUUUUAAAUUUAUGGAGACUUAUUGUGAUCAGUGGAUAAGUUUUUAAGAGUACUUUUUACGACAGCAAAAUGCAAAAUGCACUUUUAUGUGGUUCGGACUGUGAUUCUCAACAUUCCAAUGCAUGUAAUAAUAAUAUUUUUAAAAUUCCAUUGAAAGGGUCCAAGUGGAAAAGGAAAACAACCAAAGACCAACCCUGUUUAUUUCUAUCACAAAGGAUGCUUAUAUAGCAUAUACCAGUUAGUAGCUUCUGUAUCUGCUGUGCUUUUUGAGAAGAUAUUGCAUCGAUUUACAUUUGUCACUUUGGUACAGUCUUAUAUCAGGCUGUUAACAUUCAACCUGAUGAAAGAAACAGUUGCUGUUACAUGAAAAACCACUGGUUUUGAUGGGGAUACAUGUUUGUGCCAUCUGAUGUAAUAUCAUUUUAUUACAUUGAUAACCACUUAUACAGACUUUCCAUUCUUAGAUGUUAACUUUUGAGGCUUGUGAGAUUCCACAAAGUUGCCAGUUCCUUUGAAUAACCCUUGUGUCCUUUUCUAUUUGCAUUGUUUGACAAAGCUUUGUGACCGACUUACUGCUGUGCCAAGUGUUAGCUUAUGGUGCUAGCAUGAAAGGUGUGCUUCAACUGAAAUAGUUUGCACCUGCAGUCUCACUGCUGGUUAAGUAUUGUGAAAAAAAAUGUUUUGUAGCCUUUUCUGUCACUUUCAAGGCUUGAUGUGACAAUCAUCCAGCAUGGUGAUCAACAUGCAGAAAAGUAUAUUUUAUCUACAUGAGAAAUAGGCAUAAAUAAAGAGCUCAUUAUUUGCA